AUGGGAGCUCUCAGCAAUACUGACUGGACUGCCAUCGAUAUCUUGCGCGUCGGUUACGAAAGGAGCAACCAGAGAACCGGACAGCGCUUCGAUCAUCCUGUCACGCUCCUUACUUCGGUGAGAGAAGAAUCCACGUCCUGGGACCGGGCCUAUGCUGUAGUGGCACGAUGCCACUUAACCCUACAGCGGCACGUAAUUGGAGAUGUCCCAGUUGAGGUGAAGGAAGCAGCUCUUGUUCGCCUGGCCUCUCCACCAGCUAUCUGCCUACGCGCCCAGCGGCUACACUCGGGAGACGUCAUUUACCCGGUCGAGAUCAAUCACUUAUUCUCCACUAGUCUCGAGGUCUCUAUCGCGCAGCUAGAUCAGCCCAACCACGAAGGCACCAAGUGCCUCUACCUUCGUGAGAGAGGCACCGGCAAGAUUUUGGCUUUGACCUGUCGGCACGUGGUAUCGGAUGAGCAUCAACCAAACGAGGACUACCUCUAUGACGAAUCUGACCCUGCCUCUCGAUUAACAAUGAUUCAACAUGGCGAUGGCGCCCAUAGAGAUAUGAUGGCAUUAAUCACCAGCCAGAAGAGCAAGAUAGAGUGCUCAAAAACGCUCCUGGCGAACAUGGUCAUCCUCGAUGACGAGAAAAGAAAGGAGAAGAGCGUCUUAGAUGCCAAGGUUGCCCUCCUUGACCAAGCCAAGCAGACCUUGGCGUCCGUUGAAGAUCACACUAGUCGCAUCUUUAGUCAUGUCCUUUUCUCUCCCAAGCUGAGCAAUGAGGUCAAUGGCACCUAUGCAGUAGGUGUCGAGUGA